CACCAUCAAUCCAUAUCCACGCCCAACCAACCUCGAAUCCCACAUACCAAAAACCGCAAAAUGUCCACCCCCGCCCCCCUAAUAUACAUCAACGCCUUCCCCGGCACCGGAAAACUAACCAUAGCCCGCGCCCUGCUCCCCCUGCUCCCCCCUUCACACUCCCCCCCAAUCCUCCUCGACACACACACCCUCAUCGACCCCGUCGCCACCCACUACGCGCGCACGCACCCCGCCUACCAGCCCGCGCGAAAAGCAGAACGCGCGCGUGUAUUCGCCUUAUACGUAGAGAAUGUGCAGUACAGGGGGAGUGUCGUGGUGGUCACUGGUUUGUUUCUCCUUUCCCUUCCCUUACAUACCCCCUUCCAGAAAUUGACUACUCACUACGUAGAAUCCCGCUCCACGACCCCCCACGAGGUGCGCAUAACGCGGGAAUUUGUCGACGCGGCGGCGCGGGCGGGACGGCGCUUCAUCCCUAUUAUUCUGCUGUGCGGUGUGGGUGAGAAUAUGCGGCGGGUGGCGAGUGAGGAGCGGAAGAGGAGUGGGACGACGAAGAUUGUUUGUCCGGAGAGGGUAAGGGGGAUUCGGGCGGGGAGUGAGAUUUAUCGGUUUGGGGUUGGGGAGGAACUGGUUAUGGAUGUUACGUGUUUGGAGGCUGGGGAUGCGGCGGCGAGGAUUGCGGAGUGGGUGGGCAGGGUUAUGGAGGGAGGUGUGAUUGGGGAGGUGGAUGAGAACGGGAGGGUGGAUUGA